UUACUGCGAGGAGUUUUCUAGUACAAGUCCGUACGUAGCAUAUCCUUGUCGUCUUGUCACACAGCGCGGCUCCCUCACUCCUCAAGGACCACUCGUCAAGGCCUACCCGUGUCCGUCAACUUCAAGACUGGAUUAAUUAAUUGUAAAUAGUAUCGCCUUCUGACAGAGCCACGUUCAGAUACCGUAUUUUCAAGUGACGAGCCGCGGUCGGUCGUUCCCUGGAGUUUCGGAAAGUAUCAGAGUCCGACAGCCAUGGAAGCAACAACUAGACGUCUCCGUCUUAUUGCAUUUGCACUGCUCUCCCUGCUCCCCACCACCAUCUUGGCCGAUGAGGAUAUCAGUCAAGGUACACUCAUCAGCUUAUACGACAGCAAAGACUUUCGCUAUAACGAGUUCUCGGCGUACCAGGCCAUCCGUCCCGACCCGCGCACGCCGUGCCACGAUCUUCCCGAGGAGCUCGUCGGUCGCGUCGGGUCGCUGAUGAUCACGUGGAACACUCGCGACCACACGAAACGACACAUGAUGUGCAACACGGUGUGGUUCUUUUCGGAAUCGCAGUGCUCGGGCGUCGCGACGGCGAUUAAACUCCCGGGCGGUUCGGAGCAUGCUAGUCCCCGCAAUUACAGCUACGGCUUUACCGUGCAAAGGAACCUUCGUGGGCCCCUGGCAUCAAUGGCUUCCGUCGGCUGCUCCUACACGCCUAAUCCCUGCUCGCUGUACGGCUGCCCUGCUCAUUCAGUCUGCGACUCGGCCCAAGGAACGUCUCAUAUGUGCCUCUGCAGAAAAGGGUUUAUCAAAAUCAAGAAUCAAUGUGUUUGGGGAGCCGGACUGUCCUCCACAUAGGUGGCGUCGUGUUCACAUAGCCGGAAAAAAAAAGGUUUAGGUUUAGCAUAAUAAAGUUCGCUAACAGAGUCUGCUCUUUCACUGUACUUCAUAAUGCAAAUAAUGCAACAGCCUGGCUCAGGGCACCGACACACCUUUUCGGGUGACGCGGACUCUGUU